ACGAAACAUGAGACAUUAAAGGAUGGAAAAAGGUUUUAUUCUCAAACGAGACUUUUACCCAGCACAGUGGAGGAUCAUGAUCUGGGGUUGUUUUUCUGUAAAUGGGAAAAUGGAUCUUAAGGCCGUGCAAGGGGCCUCAAACGGGUGUCUAUCAAGGACAAUGUUACAUUUUUUGACCUCAUGUUUUCAAUUAAAAUAUUUGUGGAUUAAGGGACUUUUCUUGACGUCAUCACAAGUUGCAUUCCUUACCAGCCUCCUGGAAACACAGCAGUGUUUGAAAUUAUCAAGAUGACAUCUUCAGGCAUGUUGCACAGCAGAAGAAAGAGCAGCAUGUGUGGUAAGAAAUGGGGUUUGGUACAGCCCCAAUGACAAACUAUGCUUGUCAAGUAAAUUGUUCCCUUACUAUAAUAAGUUGACACAUGAGUAAAACAUGUGUCAAAAGGAGGGAGGUACAACAGUAUCUCUAGACAUCGGUACACUAAAGGCUCCAAAAUAUUUUGUGAGUGAUGCUGUGUUAUUGUGCAACCAUGUCCUCUAUUCUUUCACAAAUCCAUAAGCAGGUGAAGGAGACAAGGUCUAAGGUGACUGGGUGGUGGUGAAGGAUUUCAGGAGGAAAAGCUGGAGAGCCAGGGGGGUGGAUUAGACCAAUUCAACAAGAUCACAAGGGUCAUCUGUGGAACAUCUGAACAUCAAAGGAGUCUGUGCCCCUCCCUCUCUCUCUCUCUCUCUCUCUCUCUCUCUCUCUCUCUCUCUCUCUCUUUCCCACACUUGAACUCGCACAAACGUGUACGCACGCACGCACACACGCUCGCUCGCUCAUUCACUCGCUCUCAUUCACAUAUAAAGAGGCAGCAGGUCAGCACACCGGGCAAACUCACAGAGCUAUGGAGACCCUGAUGAUUAUUCUCACAAUGUUGGUGUUAUACAGCAUUUUUGUGCUCGCUCAAAAUGAGACCACCGGAAAGACAUUAUAUAAGCGCUGCAUUCCAGAACACUGUCCUCAGAAGUUCUGCAUAUGGUGUCAGGGGUUAAAUCAGGUCGACAUACAGAGCUGCAGGAGUACCAGAAACGGCAAGUGUGAGUGCAAGGAAGGCUUUUAUCUCAACAUCUCUGACAGCUACAGGCCACAUAUGGUGUGUCCAAGAGGAUACAGGAUCGGAGGAAAAGGGACUUCAGACAUGCUGUGUGAGCGUUGCCAAAAGGGACUCUACGCAGAUGGACAACAAGGAUGCCAGCUGUGUAUUCCAAAAACAAAGUGCAAAUCAGAUGAGAAGCUUCUGUUUUCUGGCAACUACUAUUUGGAUAAUGUGUGUGUCACCUGCAGCAGUAUCAUACAUGAUGGAUGGGUUAAGUUCAUCAUCCAGCCCUUUAUAGAAAUCUUCAAGAAUCACAAUACACAAAAGUUACAGCACUUCAUUGGGAACUUAACAAAUUCAUUGGACAAUUUUCCAUCCAAUCAGGAUUCCUGUUUCCAGAAGCUGGAGCAAUGGUUUAGUAAAGCUACAGAGAAGGAGGUCAUCAGCCUUCCCAAUCGGCUGAAGACGUUCAAUAUAAAGAGUCUUAAGCUGAUCACUAAAAUCAAGAAGAGACUUAAGACGAUCCAAAAUAAGGUCAAAGGGUGCAGAAACAAGUUGCUCGAUCACAAGUGAUUCCUCUAUUCUGUUCUUUCAAGUUCACAUUUUAUUUCAUUGCACUUCUAUUUAUGAAUAAAUUUGCCAAAACUUGAAGUGAAACCCACUGCAAGAUUAAUGCAUGAGAUGUGAACAGUCUUAUAACAGAAAAAUUACUUAGACAUAGAAUUUAAAGUAUUCAAUAUACAGUCCAUUAGUGUAACGGUUGAAGACGACCUUCUUCUUCAUGAAAUACUUGAACUAACACUUUCUUCCCUGUUUGUGUGUAUUAAAAACAACAACUUUUAACAGUGUUUUUUAGGCCUCAUGGUAUCUUAAGUCUGUAUCCUAGUGAACCAAAGUUAAUGUAUUCAAUGAUAAAGACUUAAAAGAACUUUUGUCGCUCUGUAUAAGAAAGUCUGCUCUCUCAAGUCUGUAAAUGUAAUGUUUUCUUCUUAGUUUUUUCUUCUACUUGCAUUAAAAAAUAUGCAGUGCCUUU